GGGGGUCACCAUUUGUGGGGUUGAACAUGAGCUGUUCCGUUCUUCAUCACGUGGAGAUGUGCGUGAAGGAGGAAAACAAUUUACUGCGUCUUUUAACACACGGAUUUGGAUUCCAUGUGUUCGGCCGCCGUGUGACCCCCUGUGCCUCUACAUGGGCUCUCAGGAGCGGCACCUCUGUGUUCACCGUCAUCAAGAGAAACCGUCUCGUAGGCUGUGGGAGGUAUCAAAGUUAUGGUUUUGCUGCUGAAAACAAUGCUGAAGAUAAAGUUUCCAGUAAGAAUAAACAAAGUUCACCUAAGGGUUCGAGUUUGCAGAUGAUGACUACUAGUAGCAAUGAAAACGUGACAACCAGAUCCCACUGUGGAAGUCCAAGUGGAGAUAAACUGAAUCUUGAUGGAGAUAAAAGUAGUCGGUUAUACUCCACAGAAAAUUCACAAAACCUUUCUAAACUUGUUUGUUGUAAGGAUGCUUCCCUAGAAAAAAGACUUAAUGAAUAUAAUGAGCACUGGACUGUGUUUUGCUGCAGAGAUGGAGUUAUCCAUUCAUUUGACUCUGUGUUUAACAUAGCCUUAGUGGUGAAAGAUGUGGACAGUGUAACAGAGAGAGUUAGGUCACGUGGAGGACAGGUACUCAGAGAGCCAGCCAAUAUAUCAGAUAUGUUUGGUCAAGUCAGGUACUCCAUCGUGACUUCUUGCUGUGGUAAUAUCGUCCACACUUUGAUAGAUAAAAAAAAUUAUGAAGGUGAUUUUUUACCAGGAUAUGAAGCUAUAAAGGAGUGUAAUGGAAAUGCAUGGGUUGACACAUCAAUAACAAAUGGAGACCGGAAGCAACUUUCUGUCAACUGUACUGUACCCGUAAAUAAAUCUGAUUUUCCACCAGUUUUGCAGAAUAACUAUGGAUCCAAUGAAAUUUUCGAACAAACACUUUUAAACACCGCUGACUCUACAUGCUAUCUUCAAGGUGACAUCGAACUACCUACAGCUGCUCCGAUCUGCACCCACAUUGACCAUGUCACCUAUGUCUGUGAAGCUGGAGAAAGUAAUGAUUUAAUUGACUGGUAUGAACACUGCUUUGGAAUGAAGAGAUUUAUGAUUAAUAGUGAGGAGACUGAGGAGGCUGGAUUUGUUUUGGGUGGAAAUAUUGGGUUGCGCAUCAAGGCCCUAGAAUACUGGAGAUGUGCUGAGAAAGGGUUGGCUGCUCCCAAUGCCUCCAUCAAUGACUCUUCGCUAAAAGUUGUAAUUGGUGAGCCUCUACCAGAUGUCAGUAAGUAUGACAAUUUACAAUUUUAGGUUUUGUACAGUACUAUAUGGUAUGAGACCAGGUUAAUUAAUUAUAUUUUGUCAAGGGAUAUUUUGAAGCUCGGUACUGUUCCUGAUUCCACGGCUUGAGCUGGUAGACUGUUACAUAAGUCUACCACCCUCUGUGAAGAAAUGCUUCCUCAUGUUAGUUCUGAACUUCUGCAUGAUAACUUGGCGAGCUUGUAGUUAUGUCCCCGUGUGUUGAUGGUGCAUGACAUCACAAAAAAUGGCCAGGGUUCACAUUUUCUCUCCCUUUCAAGAUUUUUAACGUUUCAGUGAGAUCUGCUCUAUUGCACACCCGCUAAAAAUUAUUCGGCACCCGUGUCAUAUUGUAUCACGCCGCAAGGGUGCCGAAUAUUUUUUAUUGGGUUUACAACUUAUUGGCACACAUCAGGAUGGCCUCUCUGGCCGGUCUGUACUGUACACCCACUAAAAAAUUAUUUGGCACCCUUACGGCGUGAUACAAUAUGACACGGGUGCCGAAUAAUUUUUUAGUGGGUGUAUCUUGUCUGAAAGGUUGUUAGUUCUAAGGCCCUCAGUCUGCUUGGGUAAUAGAUGAUUUAGUUUUGGAAUUACUUUGGCUCACUCUACUGUAUGUUGCACCCUUUUUAUGGAUAUUAGAUCUUUCUGGAGGUAGGUUUCCAUGCCUGUAUACAGUUGUAAUCCAGACAACUACAACGUACCUGAUUUUUCUACAGUUGAAGAAGCAAAAUGCUUUUUACAAAAUAAGUUUGAUUGUUCCUUAUCGGACAGGCUGACCCAUGAUUAUUAUUGUGUUGACCCUUCUGACCAGAAGCAGGUUGACCCCAAUGUCAUUAGCUAUCACCUCCCAGAGGAGUGAGUUGAUAAGUGUUGACCCUGACCUUACUGUCAGAUCUCAGUAAGGGGAGGGGAUGUUGGGCCCAGCAAGACCUUGUCUGUUUCUUUGAUGAUGA